AUGACCGAAGAAGAAGCACGAGCUGCCGCCGAAGCCCGUCAGAGGAGUUUUGAGAGAAGUCUCGCUGGGCCUAGUGUGGGCAAAGCGGGCUUGACGAGGGAUCAGACCGAGAUCAACAGGAUCAUAGCAGAAGCCUCGAAAGUGAGUUCGUUCUACAAUAACCAAGUCCGUAAAGACGCCGAGUUGACGAGGAAAAUACAAUGGUUCCAAGCCAAGAGGGAUGAACUUUUAAGAACUGCAGAUAAGAAGAGAUUGGAAGCAGAAGCGGAUAAAAUCAUGGUAGAAGUGGAGGCUACUCGAGAUCUCACACAAACCAUCGUUCAUGUCGAUAUGGACGCAUUUUACGCAUCAUGUGAGGUCAAACGAGAUCCUACACUCAAAGGAAAGGCUUUCGGGUACGAAGCCCGAAAGUUUGGUAUAAGAUCGGGCAUGGCGGGGUUCAUAGCUAAGAAGUUAUGUCCGGAGAUCAUCUUGACGCCGCUCAAUUUUGAUCUUUACAUCGAAGCUUCUAAAUCUGUUAGGGAGGUUUUACUUGAGUACGACGAAAAUCUCAUGAUGGCAUCUCUUGACGAGGGUUAUCUCAAUAUAACAUCUUACAUGGCUGAACAUUGUAUGUCUGCUACAGAAGUGGUGACUCAGCUUCGUGGACAGGUGGAAGCCAAGACGGGUUUGACCAUCUCCGCGGGUAUCGCAUCGAAUCGUAUGCUUGCUAAAAUCUGUUCCGACCAAAAUAAACCCAAUGGGCAAUUUGAACUACCCUUCGAUCGUUCUUCCAUCGUAAGAUUCAUGCGUGAUUUACCCGUUAGGAAAAUCCCUGGCUUUGGUCGAGUCACCGAACGUUGUCUGGAAGGUUUAGGAGUUGAGACCUGUGGUGAUAUAUACACAAAACGUGCCGAUCUUCUGGCCAUGGAUCAUUGGUUUGGUUUUCAAGGUUUAUGUAAAGCCCAUCUGGGAAUCGCGGAUAAUAAAGUCGAACCUGGUAAACGAGAAGAACGCAAGAGUGUAGGAUGCGAAAGAACAUUUAGGGAUAAAACGGAUAAUGAAGAUAUCAUGAAUACCCUUACGGAAAUCGCAGAAGAGUUGGGCAAAGAUUUGGAACGAUUGGAAUAUUCAGGAAAAUGUGUGACUGUGAAAUAUAAAUUGCACACAUACGUCAAUAAAACUCGAGCUCAGACUGUUGGAAAAUAUAUUUCCACUUCAAAGGAGAUUCUACCUAUAGCACAAGAAUUAUUGAGAAAAGAAUUACCUCUCCGAAUACGUUUACUAGGAAUUAGGUUAUCAACUCUCAAAGAUUUAACUAUACCUGAUAAAGGUAUACGAAAUUUUUUCACCUCGCCUAGUAAACGGAAAAGAUCUCAAGAAGAUGAAAUUGGGAUAAUCGAGAAUGAUGAGCCUGAAAUAGAGAGUGGACUUGAGGGUUCAGAUGGAGAAGUUGAAGAAUUAAAUGAAGAAGAUUUCCGUCCGAAUUCCGAUAUCACGAACAAGACAGGUGAAACGACACACACUUUGAGUCCUACUUGUCCUAUCUGUCUCAAAACCCUAGGACCUGGAACGUCGAAUGAAGCUUUGAAUAAACAUGUGGAUCUGUGUUUGAACAAAGAUAUCAUCGUCACGGCUGAGAAGACUCCCAAGAGGGUUAAAGUGGAGGAUAAGGGUAAGAAGAAAGGGAAAGCAAGUUCGGAAAAAGGGACAAUGUUAGCUUGGCUCAAGCGAUAG